UUAAAUAUGACCAGUGAGCAGUUUCUGGUCCGAAGACCAAAGCAAUAUCGUGGUACAAACACGAGACACCUCAGUGUUCAAGAAGUUGGCAGAUUCAACGAUCUGAACCCAGAGGAGCCCAUGACGGUGUGGUCAGUGCAUUCUGGCGAUGAUACCCCCGAAUUGUGCAGAAUUCCUCAACUAGAAGCUCCCAUUCAACUGCCAAUGAGUUUGCGAACUGAAGAACCGGCUGAGCCGAGUCUGGAUUGUUCAUCAGUAGAUAAGAUCUUGAGGUGGGCUGAAGCUGUGAAUUACAAUAUGUGUGAUGUUGACAUAGUGGCUAGCAGGAGAUUGAUAAGAAAGUUAUGUCAGAUUCCCUACAAUAGAAAAGAUCCGUGGAAGGCCAAAUUAUACAAAUACAACAACACCCUGUACCUUGAGAGUGACGACACACAACUAGAUGGUCCCGUGUUUUGGCCAGAUGAUUACAGGAAGUACGGGGAGUGGGGUGUUGUGUUCGAGGACGUGAUGAGGACGGGAGGGAGAAGAACGGCCGGAUAUUCGUGUCAGGAUGUGGAUAUCAGGAUGACACGACUUGUCCAACUAGGACACCUGAAGCUACUAACCAACUCUAGGAUACCCUGUCGAUUACCCGGGGAUCACCAGGAUGUCCUGGAGAACUACGUUGAGUUAAAAACAGCCCCAGUAAUUGAAACAGAUAGGCAGCAUGUAAAUUUUGAAAGAUUCCAAACCAGGAAGUUUUGGGCUCACUGUGCUCCUCUUGGCAUAAACAAAGUCUACGUUGGAUUCAGAACAGAAGACGGAGAUCUGAAGGCAAUACAGAAAUUCACAAUGAAAGAUCUAGAAAGAAUUGCAUCAAACUACUGGCGACCAGAAUGCAUGCUGUCCUUCCUAAAGGAGCUGAUGUUUUGGUUACAAGAUAAGACAAGUAAUGGUAUGACGUAUAGUCUCAAUUAUGAUGGUCAGGGAUUUAAUGAUCCUGUGAAACUCGUUCCUGGGGAGCAAGAUGAUUUGGUGAGGAUUGUAAGGGCGACCUUUCCAGAAGAGUAAGAAGGCGCUGUUCCAGAAACUGUAUCAAAUUUCCAGAAUAUUCUACAUUUUGAUUUUAGUGUAAAACAU